AUCAAGGAAGUGUCAGUCCAGCCAAUCACAGCAGCGUUUGCUUGCCGAUUAGGCACUAUCAACAUGGCAGCUUUUUGAGUUUUGGAGGAGGGGACCUGGUGUAAAUAAACACAAAUUUCACGUUUUACAGAUAACGACAGCGUUCGCGUGUUUGUGUUUAAGACUGGUUGGACCAUAGAGGGAAAAUGUCGACUGACGGAAAUAAAAAACAGUUCUGGAAAAGAAACGCAGCGAAGGUUCCUGGCAGCAUUCAGCAUGUGUAUGGCGCACAACAUCCACCUUUCGACCCGCUCCUUCAUGCAAACCUGAUUAAAGCAGGCAACAAGCCUCCUCCGGCCACACCAGGCAAGCCCAAGAAGGCUACCACCUUCCAGGAGUUUGAGAGCAUCACGAGUGAUGCCUGGGAUGUUGGCGAUGAUGACGACGAGUUGCUGGCCAUGGCUGCACAGAACCUUAAUAUCGAGGUGGUCAUGGAGACAGCCAAUAAGGUGAUCGAGAAUCACAGCAAGCAGCAGGAGAGACAGAGGCUGGAUGACACAACAGAGCUGGAACAGAGAGAAGAGGACACGCAGGAGGAGGUGGCAGAGGACGAGGAGGACGACGAGGAAGAUGAGGAGGACAGGGUGGGGGAAGGAGAGAUCACCAGCCCAGAGGUGUCGUUUGCCUCACAGAGCAGCUCUUACACUGAUGGCCGCCUAGUGAAGUCCCACAGCGAAGCUCCAAUUGGGUCACCUAAAGAUGCAGCAGGUGAGCAUGCAGCCCUCCACAGACAACGGUCUCUGCCCCAUCGGCCACCCGUCAUCCCACUUGUGGCUCGGAUGGCUGACCAGAACACAUCUGGCACCCCGGCCAUGACCGAGAGGGAAGCAUCCCGUCUUGAUAAAUUCAAACAGUUGUUGGCUGGGCCCAACACAGAUCUGGAAGAGCUACGGAAACUCAGCUGGUCUGGAAUCCCACGACAGGUCCGACCGAUAACGUGGAAGCUCCUUUCAGGUUACCUACCAGCUAAUGCGGAAAGGAGAGACAGCGUCCUACAGAGGAAGAGACAAGAAUAUUUUGGCUUCAUACAGCAAUACUAUGACUCCCGCAAUGACGAACACCAUCAGGACACAUACAGACAGAUCCAUAUAGACAUUCCUAGGAUGAGUCCCGAGUCUUUGGUCCUGCAGCCAAAGGUGACAGAGAUUCACAUUGACAUACCGAGAACUAAUCCUCUUAUUCCUCUCUUUCAACAAGCUUCUGUCCAAGAGAUUUUUGAGCGGAUCCUCUUUAUCUGGGCCAUCCGCCAUCCAGCCAGCGGCUACGUGCAAGGCAUCAAUGACCUGGUCACGCCGUUCUUUGUCGUCUAUGUCUUUGAGUACAUUGAGGAGGAAGUGGAAAACUUUGACGUGUCCAGUCUCCAGGAAGAGGCUCUGAGGAACAUUGAGGCUGACAGCUUCUGGUGCAUGAGUAAACUGCUGGACGGCAUCCAGGACAACUAUACAUUUGCCCAGCCAGGCAUCCAGAGAAAAGUCAAGGCCCUGGAGGAGCUGGUCAGCAGGAUUGAUGAGUCUGUGCACCGCCACAUGCAGCAGUACGAGGUGGAGUACCUGCAGUUUGCCUUCCGCUGGAUGAACAACCUCCUGAUGAGGGAGCUGCCACUACGCUGCACGAUCAGACUGUGGGACACCUACCAGGCUGAACCAGAGGGCUUCUCCCAUUUCCACCUUUACGUGUGCGCAGCCUUCCUGGUGAGGUGGAGGAAAGAAAUUCUAGAAGAGAGGGAUUUUCAGGGUCUGAUGAUCCUCCUGCAGAACCUUCCCACAAUGCACUGGGGCAACGAGGAAGUGAGUGUACUGCUGGCCGAGGCCUACAGGUUGAAGUUUGCCUUCGCUGACGCGCCCAACCACUACAAGAGAUGAUAAGCGUGGCUCUCUGCAGCUGCUCCCUUCCUCCUCCUCUUAUUCCUCCUUUCCUGCCCUGCAGUUGUCUACUGAACUUAGAGACCUCUAUUCCUACAUGGAAGGAAAAGGGGAGCUUUUCUUAACCUCCCUUACCCAUAUCGCCCAUGGUCCUUUCAGCUACUAAGAGAUUUGAAUCAACCAAUGACUUGAGAGGACAUGUGGUGUAGCAUUCUAACAUGUUGAUAUGGAGCCUUUUUUUUUUUAAAUUAUUUUUCUCUGAUCAGCUCUGAAAUGUGCACUCCUUCAGUCCAGUGCACAGCCCUCGUCAUCAUUGAAGACCACGACUUUUUGGUCCACUCAAGCUAACGCCUCAAAGUACAACCUCAGGCCUGAUGCAGGACCACAAGCUGUUGCUCAGCACCGCCGGGGAUCAGUCUGGCUCAGAAAAAGUUCUUUCCUGCUAAUUGUUAUUUGUAACACAUAGUUCCCCCCCCAGAGGCAAAAAUGUGACCCUUUUUUAUUUUUUCAGUUUGCAAAGACAAAGAAAGAUGGCAAACGGGCACAGCGCUAGAUGCUUUACGUAUCUGAACCCCCUCUCCUGGUGACAACACAACCUGAUGGAACAUGACAUCUCCUUUUUGUCUUUCUUUUCUCUCCUGCUUCGUGCCAGAAGGGACACAGUUUGUUUCCCUUCAAACACGCUGGGACUUUACAGAGGGAGAGAUUGUCAGUCUGUGAGGGGAGGCAUGUCUCCCCCCUUCCACAAACCACUCCGACUGAGUCCCCCCACCUUUAUCCCAUCCUCCCACACGAACUGCAACAUAACGGCGUUCAAGUGUAAGACAUUACACACAUCGGUAUCAUGAACACAUCGGUAUGGGAUCAAAAUAAACUAUUUGCAGUUCCAUUCAGAAAUGGAAUCAUCCUCGUGGAAGCUAAAUUUGGUAUUCACAGGGUUGUUUUUUAAGAUCCAAAUGAACAAUUUUUGCCUUAAUUAAUAUGUUUCUUUGUUUUCUCUCACUCCUUCCACUCCUUCUGUCUUUUGGGCCGUAUUUUCAUGGGUGCACAAAAAACGUUUGUUGUCUGUUGAUUCGGUGUAGGUGGAAAGAGUCUGACAUGUUGCUGAGAAUAGGCUUUAGGGGACCACGUCUGUUUUCAGCACAGUUACUCAUUUGAUAGUUUGCUGAUUCCAACAACAAGCACAAAUGAAAAGUGUGACGUUUGCAACAGAGAUUAAGCCCAAAUAAAGCGAAACACUUUGAUUACACUCUCUUCAAACAGUAGUUCCACCUCAAAAAUACAACUUUAAAUCACGUAAUCACGGUGAGAACACCAGUAAGGCAGUCUGUACUGAGUUCAACAUUGAGAGAUUCUUCUUAAUAUGUCAUCCACAAAGUGAAUUGUAAUGCCUAUAAACAUAUUAAAGCAGCAGGUGCAUGUUUUCAUUUUUGCUUUGUUUUUUUGCUGCCUCCAUCUAUAAGGAAUUAUUGCAACUUUAAAAAGCAAUUACACAUGUUUGAUACACAUUGGUUCUCUUAAUUGAAUCAUGUGUAACCAGCACCAGGCUGCUGCAAAAUUAACAAAAUAACUUCUACACUAGUGUGCCCUUAAAACUAGUCUGUUCUAACUUUGUAUUCUGCACAGCUUGUCAGUUUAUCCUGUGCAGAUCAGCAGAGAUAUUGGAGACUGUGACAUCCUAGUUCUGUAUUAGACACACAAUAUAAAGCGCUCUCUUCAUUCAGCUUCAGGAUCCGUCAGUCCUGUCUCAAAAUCCUCCAUAUUGUCAUAAAAAACAAAAGUCAGGGUGCAGCUUUGUGCGCCAUUGCCUUGUUUUCCAAUUGGUCUGGCAAAAUAAUUUUAAAAACUUUCAAAAUGCAUUUGUAAUUUCACUAGGGACAGGCCCUUUGCUGUAAAUACAAAACAUGAUGGAAUAGAGCAGAAUCAUGGCUUUAAAUAUUGUGGUUACAUUUGAUUUUCGUUGGACAGGAAAUGCAUUAACAUCUUUCCCUCGACUGGGAAAAGCUGGACUGAACUCCCCUCUAAUGUGACAGAAGCCUGACAGGCUUAACAGAUGACAAUUAUUCAACUCACCCUUUAAUGUAAAAUAUUUUUGCAUAUAGUAAGCAGCACAUAAAUGAACAAAAAGAGCAAGUGCAUUUAGAUAAAACCUUAUUACUCCCUACUUAACACUGGUCAUCACAAUUGUACUGUUGCAGUACCUUUGUCUUUUUCCUGUCUUACAUUGCUCUGUUCAUAUAGAACACAUGGGAAGUCUUACCCAAAGUCAGUAGCACCAUAUUGGUGUAAUGGGGGGAUGGUGAGGGUAAUCAGACAUUCAUGACAUAACACAAAGCUGUUAACGUUUGGAGCCCCCCGUCGCGACUCCGCCAGGAUCCAUUAUUGUCACCCCAGCCCGCAAAGACGGUGUGCGUAGGUGUGUGAAGGGGAGAUGGAAGGAGAGAGGAACGGGGUUGUGUUUCUUUGGAAGUUUCUGCGCUUUUUCUCUGAGAGCUGUCAGUCUUUGAUCAUACGUGAUUUUCUUUCUUUUUGCACAAUCUGCACCAGUUUCACAAGCCCCUCAUCUCCCCAAUGCUCUCUGACAAGGAAAAACUGCACUUAAUUUAAAAGUCUAUAGCCUUUUUUUCCUUUCUCUCUCUUUUUGUAUGAGAUAUAUUCUUUCAAUCAGCAUUUUAAAGAUUUGUCUUUUCCUUUUUCGGUUUUAUUUUUUUUAUGCUGUUUACAUGACGAGCCUAUGAAGUUGUGCCUGACUCUGGAGACAUGAGACAACAUCCUAGUUAUAUUUUUGACCUCAAAUGAACUUGAAAGGUUUUAGAUUUCUGCAAGCAAUAGUAUGACAUUUUGAAUUUGCUGUGAAAAGACAGAAAAUGUUUUUUUUUUUGUGCACAUCUGGUUUUUGGGUGUGUUAGCCACCAACAUGAACUGUUUAAUAACACUCUGGGCAUUUAAUAGUUCAAACUUGGCAAUUGAACGUUCGCUUAACCCCUCCCCUGGACAUUCAUUGUCCAUUCAAGGCUUAGAAACCGUAACUAGGCACAGCAGGCCUGCCAAGCUUUGGAUUUCUGCACAUGUUGAAGCACUGUGCAUGGGUCUGUAGUAAGAGCGACAGUCGGCAUCUAAAGAGUUUGGAGGGUGAUGUCUUUUUUUGGUAGCCUCUCCAAAACCAAAAACAUGAGGAAAAGGAAUGGACAGUGACGUUAGCAGCAAUUGUUUGUCGUUAUGUCCGGUUAACUAGCUUACUACCUACAGUUGUAACCUAGAGUUACUUUCAAGGCUAAGGAGCAUAUCAUUAGCUAAAUACAUUAGUUUGUGCUGUUAUACUUUAUAUUUUAAACCCGUUUAUGACUAGCACAUCCACUGCUUAGAAUUUCCCCACUAUGUGGAAGCUGGUCCUGCAUGCUAUCAGAGUUUAGGCUAACGUUAGCAGCUCUGUCCUGUCCUUUAUUGGAUUUGGGGACUUUUACACUCCAGCAACACUAACCACCAUUCUCCGAUAUUGCAUUACAUUUACCAAAGUAAUUUGUUAGUCCUCAUCCUUAACUGCUUUUGUCUUGUAAUGUUAAAAGUGAAAACAUACUAUUUAAAAAUACAAACAAGUAUUUAAGCGAAGCAGUCACACAGGGUCUGAUGUUAUAUUUUUACUUAUCAUACUUAUAAUAAUAGUGCUAACUAGCUAGUCUUCCAUAUGGGUCAUCAACUGGCGAGGAUGCUAACUUUGUGCCUGGGACCUGUUAGCUUUAGUCUCAGUCUUUUACCACCAUCAAGUGCAUAUUUAGGAGCCCUUUAAAAGUCAGCUGGAGACAUUAAAAAGUCAGCCAGAGACAGCAUUUUAAAUCAACUCAUGGCGCUAACGUUAGCUUAAUUAGCUAGCUACCUACAGCUGAUAAAAUCUGCCACCAACAGUCGUCAUUUCAGACAGCAAAUUCAACGGGUGCCGGCUAGAAAUGAGAAGCUGCUUUUGUCUACCUCUGUCUGAAAUCAAGGAACCAGUGUUUCAAAAAUGACUAAGAAUUUUGAGUAAUAAAUCUGCAUUGUAAACUGCACAUGUGCCGAGAAUGGAAACCUUGACAGGCGUAGCAACAGUAACUAAGGGGGACAGGGGUUUCACGAACUGUCAAUUAUUGUGCCAUUUAUUAUCCAAAGUCCUACUUUUCAAGAAGUCAUGUUGCCUUAUUGCACAUGUUCAUAUUGGAAACUGGGAGGAAAGAAGUGGUGACCAGGGAUACCCCCCCGGGAAGAGUUUUUUUCUAUUUUUGCUGUAAUGUCAUAUGCAGUAAUUUCCCUUUAACAAGAAGUAGCUGCCUUCUCAGACUUCUGUGAAAAGAGAUGGUUUAAUAAACAGACACACAUUACCAUGCUACCAAUGUCACGUUAGCCUGCCUGUUACCCACUGUUUCUCGCACACGCACGUCUCCAUGGUGAUGAAGGCCCAGGUGGUAUCUGGCUGGAGCCCUUUUUCUAGUAGCCCACACACACACAGGCAAACUUCAAACAUUCUUUGGAUGAUCUUCAGGAGGGUAUCCUUAAGUAACAUUUUCAGCUGCUUUCAUUUCUUUUAGAGUAUUUUUUUUUCUCACUCUACUUCUCCACCCGUGAAAAUAUGUUUAUGAAAACCAAACUGAAUUGGGGAAAAAAAAACCCUCCCUCCCAUGUCUUUUGCCUCUUGAGUACUCAGAAAAAUCUAAUAAUGCUAGAGUGUGUGGGUGACAGGAGAAGUGGUUCUUGAAUUUAAAAAUGUGUACAGAGAAGAUUUUGAAACAAAAAUCUGUAAAUAGAAAGUGUAAAUAAAUCCUAUAUAUGACAAAAUUGCUUUGAAUAAGA